AUGGAGCCCGAUUCUACCGCGGGCGGGGCUGAAGAAUUGCUCCUUGCAGACACAGAAGUAUCAAAAGUAAAGAAUGCUCAGAGGCACGGUCAUGUUCUGGCUGAGGCCAUGGAAGUGGAGCAGGAAGAACUUGUGGAACACCAGCCUCUGGAGCAGGAUGACCUGAAUUUUGAGAAGUGGAAACCCAAGCCAAAGCCUAAGAGAACACUGCAUGAGAAAAUUGAUGACCUGAAGAAAUACCUGUGGAAUCCUGAGACCAAGGAAUUCAUGGGUCGCUCAGGAAAGAGCUGGAGCCUCAUUUUACUCUUCUAUUCUGCUCUGUAUGCCUUCCUGGCUGCUUUGUUUGCCGGCUGUAUGUGCUGUUUAAUGUGGUCCAUCAGCCCUUACACUCCCACCUACAACGACAGGGUGAUGCCUCCAGGCAUGACAAUGUCUCCACAUGUUAUGACUGCACAUGGGUUUGACAUAGCUUUUAAUGCCUCCGAUCGCAACUCCUGGAAGAAGUAUGCAAAAGCUCUGGAUGCCCACCUUAAACCCUAUGAUGAUGCAGUACAAGAGAGGCGUAAUGUUGCUUGUAUGCAGGACACAUAUUUCCUGCAGGAUGACUUGGAGGAGAGCGUGGAGAGGAAGGCGUGUCAGUUUAAGAGGUCCUGGCUCGGCGAAUGUUCCGGGCUGCAGGACCGUGACUUUGGUUACUCUCAGGGAAAGCCGUGCAUCCUCCUCAAAAUGAACAGGAUUCUGGGUUAUCUACCUGGUCAAGGGACUCCAGUCAAUGUGACCUGUACACUUAAGAAAGGGUCAACAGAAAGUCUUGGCAAUGUGGAAUUCUACCCCAAAAGUACUUUCAGCCUCAUGUACUAUCCUUACUAUGGAAAACUUCGACAUGUAAAUUACACUUCCCCGCUGGUGGCUGUCCGCUUUGCGGGAAUCCAGUACGACACACAUCUCCAUGUGCAAUGUAAGCUACAUGGCAAAGGCAUCAUUAAUGAUUCACCCACUGACCGCUUCCUGGGUAGUGUGUCUUUCUCUCUCGAGGUUGGUGCAUAG